AUGGACAAGAUGACGACAACGACUGGCUGGGCGGCCUGGACCUCCAAAAAGAAGAUCUUUGUCGCCUCUAUCGUUGCCCUCAUCAUUGUCGCGAUCGGUGUUGGACUCGGCGUUGGCCUGGGUGUUGGCUUGAACAACGGAGGCAGCGGAGAAGGUGAAGGCGAAGGCAGUGGAAGUGGUGGCACUGGUACCGGUGGAAACGGAACGACCAGCAGCAACACGACGGUGAAAUGGCAGCCAGCCGUGGGUGUUAAGUGGCAGAUCGAGCUUCUGUACGCUCUCAACGACACCUCUGUGGACGCCGAAGUCUACGAUAUCGACCUCUUCGACAACGACAAGUCGAUGAUCUCAAAGCUUCAGGGCCUCGGUCGCAAGGUCAUCUGCUACUUCUCUGCUGGAACGUACGAGAAGUGGCGCUCCGAUGCCAGUGACUUCGAGUCAUCCGACCUGGGCAACAAUCUCGCAGAUUGGCCCGGUGAGAAAUGGGUCGACACCAACUCCGACAAUGUGCGCAAGAUCAUGCAAACCCGCCUGGACUUGGCAGUUACCAAGGGUUGCGAUGGCGUUGAUCCCGACAACAUUGACGCCUAUGACAACUCCAACGGUCUCAAGUUGACCGAGGAUGACGCGAUCAACUACGUGAAUUGGCUCGCUGGCCAGGCACACAGCCGCAACCUGUCCAUCGGUCUCAAGAAUGGUGGCGCUAUCAUCGAUUCCGUCCUGGCCAAUAUGCAGUGGUCCGUCAAUGAGCAAUGUGCCCAGUAUACAGAGUGCGACACCUAUGCGGCUUUCACCGACGCCAACAAGCCAGUCUUCCACAUCGAAUACCCCAAAGGCGAUAACACCAACAACAACCAAGCUGUCACCACCUCCCAAAAGUCGUCGGCUUGCAAUGCCGCCAGUGCCGGCAACUUCUCCACUGUCAUCAAGAAUAUGGAUUUGGACAAUUGGGUAGAGUACUGUUGA